UGCACACAGUUUCUGUUGCCAAAGUCUGCGAAGUCAGAAAAAAUUGUUUGCUGGGUACUAAGAAGACUACAAAAAGAGUUGGAAGUUCUAAAGACAUUCCAGCACCUAUUCCUACUCUGUCCACGAUUAACAAGGACAUUAAUGAAAAUGUGAUGCGUGAAGCAAUGGCCUCGCCGUCAAAACGGCCCUGGACAGUUACUGCAAAAAAUGAUGACAUGGAAACUGAUCAGAGAUCUGCUUUUGACCUAAGUGAAGAAGAACAAAUUGACAAUGAUGAUUAUUUUACUCUACCUGUUUCAACUUCACCCCAGCAAGAUUUAGAAUAUAAUUUCAGAAUUGAAUAUUCUGGCAAACAAUCAUCAUCAUCUUUUCCUUUAAAUAAACACUCAUCAGCAUAUAGCUGCACCACAUCAGAACCAUCACAAGCAAAAAGUCUAUCUGGAGCAUUUCCAUCACAAGCAAGCAGUUCUAAAGCUUCAAAGAAAUUGCAUGAUAACCCUGGUGUUCAUGAAUCAGUAAAAGAGAUAGUACGUGAAAGUCAGUCAUGUCAGUCCAUGCCCGAGCAGAAGACAUCAGAUUUUUUUAAAGACCCAGAAACGACUAGCAAAAACCAAAUGCAUCUUAAUCUCCUUCAAGAGCUUCAUAGAAAAGUGGAUUGGCUUAGUAUCAAUAUGAGCCGAAUAUUAGACGAGCUAUUUCCUGAUGAGUCUAGGUUUGACCGUCCACAAGGAUUUCCUUCUUUACCUUUAAACACAGAGAAUGAUUUGGCAGAAUUUGAAUCUUAUUUAAAGAAUGAACCAAUUUUCAAUAAUAUGAUGAAGUAUCUUGGAAAAAAGGGAAAAGGCGAGACAGCCUCAUCUUUUACGUAUUCCAUUCUGGCCGUCCUCAUCUCCAACCAACUUGCUCGCAUAAUAAGCUGGAAGGGCACAGGUGGAGUCAAGCUCAGCUUUGAAAAAUCAACAACUAAGAAACUGGUAGAAUAUGUAUGCUUAAAGAAGUUUGGUGAGCUGCCAGUUCAUGUUUUUGAAGAUAAGAUGAAAAGAUGGUUUAACAUCUCAAUGCAACGUUCUUAAAGUCUUGAUUUUAAAUGUGAUUUUUUGUGUAAGGCUGUGGUUUUUUGUUUGAAUUUUUUUAGUGCUUCAAGUUAUUAAUGCUUUCAAAUGUAAGCAUGAAUAACUUCAAGAAAAAGGCUGUGUAUUAAAAUUUUAAUUAAUGUAAAAUUUUAAGACUUAUACACAUGCUUGUGUUAAGUUGAUCUUUAAAAUCAACUUUACACAAUUGUGUACUUUACACAAAUUAGCGUCUUUAUAUGACAUUGUUCUGCAUUAUUUUUUCAUAUUUGCUUGUAUUCUACAUAUGUUUAGUACUUCUCUGUUCUAAGGACAAUUCAUUUCAUAGAGCUAAAAAUAAUCUUUGACUUUGUUUUUAUUUUUUGAUUAUGUGCAAUUUAUGUGUUCUGUUUUCAACAACUGUAGUGUCAUGAG